UUCGCUUGGCUAUUGUCGCUGUCUGCUGGCCUGGCAAACGAAAGCAGAUUGCCCAUCACUGGGGUGGCUAUUGUGCUAGCUGUAACCAUGUUUUUGAGUCAUCAAUAAGUAUCCGUCGUUCACGUGAAUGUUUAUACAGGAACAGUGUUACGUUCUUGGACGCCAAAUUGCGACGAAAUUCUAGAAAAAGGAUGGAUUAAACAUGUGUCAUAUAUUGGAUUAACUGGAUUGUUCCUCAAGGGAGAUAACUCGACAUAGGUGGGGAAUGACCCACCAUGACGACAUCAUGUCAUCCAACAAAGAAAAGGGGAGACAAACCAAGUCGCGCUACUACAACAUGACAUAUCACUCAUGUCAGCCAGGGAACCAGAUCAGGUCUAAUCAACCAGAUGGAGGGGAAAGUCAGCCACUACCCACAUGGAAAACCUACUUAUACACACUGCAGUUACAAGCACCCAAGCCAAGAAGGAUCAUUUGUCAGUAUGAGGUACCCAACAAACCACCAUUUUAUGGAAAAGAGUACCAGGGUAACAUAAGCCGUGACGAAGCUGAGCGUCUGUUGUGUGAGGGAGAUGGGUGUUACCUGGUUCGGAAAAGUGACCGAGCCCCUGAUGCGUUCACUCUUGCAAUCAGGUUUGAAAGUCAGACUAAGAACUUUAAGUUGUACUACGAUGGAAUGCACUAUGUUGGUGAGAAGCGAUUUGAUACGGUUCACGACUUAGUGGCAGACGGACUCAUCCACUUUUACGUGGAAGCAAAAGCUGCAGAUUACAUUGCAUCUCUCUCGAACGAGUCGAACUAUGCGGAGUCGCCGUAUUUGGCAUACAGUGCAAAAAAGAAACGGCUGCAGCGAUCACAGAAAUCAGUGGUCGCCAGGAAAUUAGAACACACAGAUUCAGGAAAUUCGAAUGUUGAUGGACCUAAUAGACUAAGUAAUGGCUCAAACGGGACAACUGUUCAGGCUCAAGGGCAAUUCCUAGAAGAUGAUGACGAUGAUAUACUGGCUAACGUCCAUGAGUUUGAAAAGGCACAUAAUUUUAAGACUCAAAACUUCAUGGGACUACACUGGUGUGACUACUGUGCCAACUUCAUGUGGGGUCUCAUUGCUCAGGGGGUCAAAUGUCAAGAUUGUGGAUUUGAAGCUCACAAAAAGUGUUCUGAGAAGGUCCCUAAUGACUGCAUGCCAGACAUUAAGUUUGUGAAGAACUUAUAUGGAGCUGAUCUCACUACAGUGGUCAAGGCGAGGAAUACACCCAUCCCUGUCGUCGUGGAAAAGUGUAUAAAAGAGAUAGAGUCUCGAGGUCUGGAGUCUGAGGGACUCUACAGAAUAGCAGGCCUACAUGACGAAGUGGAAGGCAUCAGGAUGGCGUUUGAUAAAGACGGAGAGAACACGGACAUCAGUGUCAAUAGAUACGAUGACAUCAACAGUAUCACAAGUGUGCUGAAGCUGUACUUCCGACUCCUCCCCAUACCACUGCUCACCUUCGACGCCUAUAAGUUUAUAAUUGAUGCCAUAAAGCGUGAAGAUAUCCGUUCAAGGGAGCUAAUCGUCAAGCUGAAGGAGGGACUAUCCAUAUUACCCCCCGCCCACUACCAGACACUUAAAUACCUCCUAGCACAUCUAAUCCGAGUAUCAGAUAAGAAGUCCAAGAAUAUGAUGGGGAGUGACAACUUGUCUAUAGUGUUCGCUCCAACCCUGAUGCGGAGUCCCGAUGCCAACCCCAUGAUCAGUCUUAUGGCCGCCCAGUUUGAACAGAAAUGUGUGGAACUCUUGCUGAAUAACUAUCGGGAACUGUUUUCCAGAAUGAGCACACAAAUCAGUGUUGACAUACCAAGAGUCGAUCCGUCUCGUCUGGUAGACCAUGUGUGAUGAAUACUCAAGAAGCUUGGAAUUGUAUAUUAUUGCAAUACAUAUAUAUGACUCAGAAGACUUUUAUCAGUGCAAGAGUUUCAUUGGGUCGGACAAAGUUUUAUCAGUGCAAGAGUUUAUGUGAUGCAGAUGUAUUUCUCCGAAUGUAAAGAAUGAUGCAGUGAACAUUAUUAUGUAGAAAUUUUUAUUAUAAUCAUGUUUGUAAACUGUUUUCAAAAUCACACACAUACAUCAUUACAUUCAUGUUUCAUAAGCUGUAGCAGGCUUUUAUAACUGUAUUAUGGCAAAUAUUUGACGCAGCUCAACAUUGGAACCUCCGCCCUUUGUUAGUAAUGAGGACAAGGUUGUACUGUCAUAGAAUAUGGGUACACCGACAGCUUGCUACAUAUUCUAGUACAUCAGUAUUGAAGAGAGAAUCUAACACUGGGUGAAUGUUACCGUCGGGGGGCGAAUAUUUCACUGGACAGCUGUAUACAGUAUUUAUUGAAAGUAUUGACUAUUUAACGCUCUAAUCAGAAGUUUUAGAUUAUCCAUGUAGCUACUGUUUCACCUGUAUUAGUACAUGGAAUGAUACAUUCUCUGAUGCUAGGCGAAUAACUAUGUGUGAACUUUGUCAUUUUCCCUAGCAUGAAAAGACAUUUUCAUUAUUCUGUUGUUCAGUUUCAUGUAAUGUACUAAUGCAAUUAUUGCCUCUUGUUGAGGAAUCUUUGGGUAUGGGUAGUAACGGUUCCUUCUCUUCAACACAGACACUAUAUAAUAACUAAUAUCAUAGUUCACUCAUCAGAAGGUAAUAUUGAAUUAGUAGUGUUUGGGAAAAAGUCAGCAUCAUCAGGUAUACUUAUAGUAUACUUGCCAAUUUCUUUAAAUUUCCAUGGGGGAGAUUACAGGAAAAUUAACACUUUUAAAUUGCAUCAAUUGAGCUGUUGCUUCAAGUACAAUUGUCAAAUCUUAGAAAAAAGAAAUAUUUUAGCCGAUUCACCGAUUGAAAAUACUCAAUUUUAGGCUCCAAAAUCGGGAGUCUCCAUCCUAAAUAGGGAGAGUUUGCAAGUAUGCUUAUUAUACCUCUAAUACUAAUCUUCACCUCUAGCGAUGUGUGUGAUUUUAGCAUUUAUAUGCUGAAGCUAAAAUGUCCUGUGUUGGCUUUCAAUUUUGCAAGCUUUGAACAUUUGUGUUAAUUUGACAAGAUGUGGAAUUUGUAAUUCUACUGCUGAUUAAUAAAGACACAAUCAAACUUAAAACAGCUCCAAACAAUCGUGUCCUUGAGAGAACAAUUGGACAAAUAUGUAUUUCUGAAGUUCAAUGAUUUACAGUUCAUCUUUAUACAUAUCUUGUAUGAUAUGAAGUUUAAUCUAAUCACAGGGUUGAAAAGUUAAAAUAUAUUAGUAGAUUCAAAUCACGACCUACAUUUCUGGGAUUACCUCUCCAGAUAGAGAUCAAAGGUUAUCAUCCAUUGUUUUCCAUUCUCUAAACCAAGUCUUGUGUUAGUUAGUCUCACAUAUUGUGUAUUUUAUAAAACCCCACGGUACAUGUAGACGACUACCUAGGUCUUACUGUUAACAUUUAUGGGUAAAUCAGACAGUGGUAAUCUAAAUCCAUUUAAAAAAAAAUGCAUACAAAGUCAAAGUUCCUCCCAGUCUCAAGAGAUGAGAUACAAACUGUAAGAGUGUUAAAUAUUUUUUUAUCAAAUUUCUUUUAUUUUGUGGAUCCAAAAUUUUCUCUGAAAAAUGUCCAUUUGAUAUUGUUAAAAUGGACCAUUUCUCUCAAUUUAAACAAUGAUUCAAAGAAAGUAAGAUUGUGUGAAUUAUCAGUUCUUUGUACAUUUCUUACAAAUAGAACCAGACAGAAAAACACCCUCUUUAGAAUUUGAGAAAUUGUGUUUGUAUACCCAGGAACCUAGAUGUUAGAAUCAAAUUAAGGUUUAGCAUGUAAAGUUAGCGUAUGAUAAAGUUGUUUUUCUUAAAGUGAUAAAUAUAUGAAGGAAUCUAAGUCCGUAUGUAGUUUGUAUGGGAGACUAUACAAUGUCUGGUCCAGUGUGUGUGACCAUCACAACAAUGACAGAAACAGAUGUCAAGUUGUACAACGUCAGAGCUGUGUUGACAGGCGGUUCAAACCCAAUCAAUUACCAAAUCACCAAUCAAUCAAACACCCAAGUCCUCUGGAAAGGAUCCAUCAAUAUGAUGGGGAAAAAACCCAUAUAAUCUGAUUAAAAAAAACACUCAUUUGCAUACCGUGUUUAAAUACAAUUCAUUGAUGACCUGUUUGUUUGAACAUAUGACCAAUCAAAUUUCUGUUUCAUAAAUGAACCAAUGAGGACAAACCACUGAGAA